AUGCUGCGUGCGUUGGCCGAGAGCCCUCGCGUGGAAGACCAGGGCAUCUACGGGUCCCAGGAGAAAGCCUCUCCGCGUCUUGCAGCUCUGGACACAGCGGGAGGCAUGGGGGCUCGGACGCGCAAAGAGCUUCCCUUCAGCGCGAAAGAGGAGCUGCAGGUCCUUCGAGAUGCCUUUGUGGCAGUCCUUGCACGCCUCGACCUCCAGCGCAGCGAAUCUUCACACGUGGCUAGUGCAGUGGUCAGGCAAGAGUGUGCCUGGAGCUUUUGUCUCGAAGGGAAACAACAGGAGAGGGGUCCCUUGACCCGACAAAGCCAGCCGGGCAAGCAUGAGAUCACGUCAGGAGCAGACCAACGGCGAACUGGUCCGGAGAUGCUGCGCAGUGAGUCGCUGGACUCCGAGGGAGCGGAGCCGCUCACCCAGGAAGGAGCUGUCGCUUGGCUGAUGAAGACAGAUCUUCCAAAGCCCACGCUCACUGAAGAAGACCUGCAAGAUGGUUUCUCAGCGGCUGAAGUCUUUGGCUCGAAGACCUCAAUGAGUGGCUAUACAUAUGAUGACCUGAUCUGCUUGCCAGGGCACAUAAAUUUUGGUGUGCACGACGUUUGCCUGGGAUCCCGAUUUACCAAGAAAAUUGCGUUGCGCACGCCCAUCGUGUCCAGCCCUAUGGACACGGUCACCGAGUCCAACAUGGCGAUCGCGAUGGCUCUGGAAGGUGGCAUUGGUGUCAUCCACACGAACCUUUCCAUUGAGGACCAGGCGCGGGAGGUUGCGCGGGUGAAGAAAUUCAAGGCUGGCUUCAUCCUGGACCCGGUGUGCGUGAUGCCCACCAUGACCCUGGAAGAGUUGGAUGUCUUGAAGACACAGCUUGGCUUCACUGGCUUCCCAGUCACGGAGAAUGGACUCAUGGGUGCCAAGCUCCUGGGCCUGGUGACGAAGCGUGACACGGACUUCGUCACGGACCGGAAAACACGGCUCAGCGCCAUCAUGACUCCUGCAAAGGACCUGGUGACCAUUAAUGAAGGCUGCGACCUGUUGAUGGCCAACGAAGUCUUGCAGAAGUCCAAGAAGGGAAAGCUGCCCAUUAUUACCAGAUCUGGCCUUUUGGUGGCCAUGGUCUCUCGCACAGACAUCAAAAAGAACGUGGAGUUCCCAAAUGCUACGAAGGCUGAUCUCAACAAGAGCCUCCUGGUUGCGGCGGCUAUUGGCACACGGCCUAACGACAAGGACCGUGUUCGGGCCCUUGCAGCUGCUGGCGUGGAUGCCAUUGUCAUUGACAGCAGCCAGGGCGACAGUGUCUUCCAGCAGGAGAUGGUCAAAUGGAUUAAGUCAAACUUCGAAGAGAUUCAGGUUGUUGCUGGCAACGUCGUCACGAAGCAGCAGGCAAAGAACCUCAUUGAGUGUGGGGCCGAUGCUCUCCGAGUGGGGAUGGGCAUCGGCUCUAUAUGCACCACACAAGAGGUUUGUGCCUGCGGCCGCGCACAGGCUUCUGCUGUGUACAACGUGGCAAAGCUUGCGCGAAUGUACAACGUCCCUAUCCUUGCAGACGGUGGCAUCUCCAGCCCGGGUCACAUCGUGAAGGCUUUGAGCCUGGGCGCUGGUGCUGCCAUGUGUGGAAGCCUUUUGGCAGGAACGUCUGAGACGCCUGGGGAGUAUUUCUACUCCGAGGACGGCAAGAGGCUGAAGCGCUAUCGCGGGAUGGGCUCUAUCGAUGCCAUGAAGAAGGGUUCUGAUGAUCGGUACUUCGGCAGCAACUCCAGCAUCAAGGUGGCUCAGGGCGUCUCUGGCACGGUCCAAGACAAAGGCAGCAUCCACAGGUAUAUCCCGUAUCUUACUCAAGGCAUCAGGCAUGGAAUGCAGGACAUUGGAGCGAAAAGUGUUGAGCAGUUGCAGACGAUGCUGCAGGAGGGCAAGUUGCGCUUUGAACUCCGCUCAGCAGCGGCUCAGAGGGAAGGCGGCGUGCACGGCCUCCAUAGCUUCGAGCGCAAACUCUUCGACUCCUGA